GUUUCCAACCACCAGUGAUUUGGCAACUGAAACUCUCAAAUUCGAUUCCCAGAAGCAAAAUUGAAGCCCAAGUUCACAGCUUCAGGAGCUCUUGAUUCUCAAUCCCCCAUUGCAAAACCCAAAUGGGUCGUUCUCGUGCUGUUCCUCACUCCGCCGAUGAAGAUCUCAGCCAAAGAUUGCAGCAUCUUUGAGGAUUAAAGAUGGAAUGAAGUUUUUCGUAGGUCAAAGAGGAAAAGGACUGCUUCGAAUGUGGAAAAUUCGGAAAUUGCUACUGCAGGCAUAUCUGUUUGUGUAAUUGAUGUUCUUUCACACAGUCGAUCUGCUUGGCCUCCUGUGUUGCUUUAGCCUACAUGAGGAGAAUUUAUUAAGGUUCACAAUGGGCUUAUGAUAUGGAUAUCGCCAAAGGACUGAAAAUAAAAUUGUAGCCCGAUAAUGUUGCCAUGGUAAAUUCAGUUGAAGGUCAAGGGAAGGCUGAAGGGAAGGCAUUAUACCACUGUAAUUAUUGCAGUAAAGAUAUAUCAGGAAAAAUACGCAUUAAAUGUGCAAUAUGUUCUAAUUUUGACCUGUGUGUGGAGUGCUUUUCGGUUGGGGCUGAGGUCCAUCCACACAAGAGCAAUCAUCCCUACAGAGUCAUGGAUAAUCUUUCCUUUCCCCUAAUAUGUCCUGAAUGGAAUGCAGAUGAGGAGAUACUUCUUCUGGAGGGAACUGAAAUGUAUGGACUGGGAAAUUGGACUGAAGUUGCAGAACAUGUUGGAACAAAAAGCAAGUUGCAGUGCAUUGAUCAUUAUAAUGUUAUAUACAUGAAUUCUCCAUGCUUUCCUCUUCCGGACAUGUCUCAUGUUAUGGGAAAGAAUAGAGAGGAACUCCUUGCUAUGGCCAGAGAGCAUGGCGAAAUAAAAAAGGGAUCCUCUGCUCCUGGAGAAAUUAAAGAGGAGUUCCCAUUCUCAGCAAAAAUCAAGGUGGAAGAUCAGAAAAAAGAUGGUCAAGCAGGACAUUCAUCAUCUAGUUUAACCUCAGAUUCUCUUGUAGACAGGAGUAUUGGAGAGAAAAAGCCUAGAACAUCAGGAGAUGAGGGACCUUCUGUGACAGAAGUUAGUGGCUACAAUUCAAAGAGGCAAGAGUUUGAAGUUGAGUACGACAAUGAUGCUGAGCAGUUAUUGGCUGACAUGGAAUUCAAGGAUACUGAUACGGAUGCUGAACGAGAACUAAAAUUGAGAGUGUUGCGCAUCUAUUCCAAAAGGCUUGAUGAAAGGAAGCGCAGGAAGGAUUUCAUAUUGGAAAGAAAUUUACUUUAUGCAGAUACUGUUGAAAAAGAACUCUCACACGAAGAGAAGGAUAUAUGCCACCGUUACAGGGUGUUCAUGAGAUUUCAUUCAAAGGAAGACCAUGAGGAAUUGCUUAGGAGCCUUGUUGAGGAGCACCGUGUUUUAAAAAGAAUACAAGAUCUUCAGGAAGCAAGGGCUGCUGGCUGCCGUACAUCUGCAGAAGCGGAAAGAUAUAUUGAACAAAAAAGGGGGGAAGCAGAAGAAAAUGCUCUUAGAAUUAGUGAAAGUUCCCAGGCUGGUCCUUGUGGAAAAUUUCUUCAAAGGGCAAAUCACCUCAAAGGGGAUUUUGACAGUAGCCCAAGAGGUGUUAUCAGAGGCCCUACAGUUUUAGAUUCUGCAGGAAUAGAAUCUCCAACAGCUAAAAGGCGACUAGAUGUUAUAAAUGCCUUAGAUAAUUGGGAUGUCACUGGAUUUUUGGGGGCUGAUUUACUGUCUGAAUCUGAGAAACAGCUAUGUGGUGAGAUCAGGAUCCUUCCAGCGCAUUACCUUAACAUGCUGCAGACCAUGUCAAUGGGGAUUUUGAGCGGCAACAUAACGAAGAAGUCUGAUGCUCAUGGGCUAUUCAAUGUUGAUCCAAGCAAGGUAGAUAAAGUUUAUGAUAUGCUAGCGAGGAAAGGGAUUGCCCAAACAUGAUUGUAUCUUGUGUAGUCUUGAGCGGGAUACCAAACGAAAAGUGUUGCCUUGUGGUCCUGUAUUUGACAAAGUACAUCAUGUCAGAUGUUGUAAUCUAGUUACCUUUAACCAUUGCUAAACAACUGUUAACAGUUUUUAGUGGCCAGUGAUUAGGAAUACAUGUGUAAUUGAAGUACCUAUUGUAAUAGUUUUAAGGGUUGUAAUCACAUUUUGUUUCCAAUUUUGUGGAAAGAUGGAGUUGGAUGGUAAAUGGAAAUUACUCAAAAUUGAAUA